GAGGGCGGCGGGCGGCCGCGCCGGGGCGGCGCGCGCGCGUUUGCAUAGUUCCCGGUCAACAUAGAAAUGUGGGAGUGUCUUGGCUGAAUCCUCAUGCAGACAAGAUCAUUAUGGUCCUGGUAGGUAGGACCAGGAACCUGAUAUAAGGUUGAAAAAAUGGUACAUUAGUUGAAGGAAACAAAGGGGAAUGCCCAGAAGAAAAAGAAAAUAUUGCCACUGCAGGUGUAUGAACAGCACUGCUUCUGCAGCAAAAGCCUAGACUCACCACACCUUGGGAAGAGAAUGGCCACUACCUGGGGGGCAGCCUUUUUCAUGCUGGUGGCCUCCUGUGUUUGUAGCACUGUCUUCCACAGAGACCAGCAGACUUGGUUUGAGGGUGUCUUCCUGUCUUCCAUGUGCCCCAUCAAUGUCAGUGCCAGCACAUUGUAUGGAAUUAUGUUCGAUGCAGGGAGCACUGGAACACGAAUUCAUGUUUACACCUUUGUGCAGAAAAUACCGGGACAGCUUCCAAUUCUGGAAGGGGAAAUUUUUGAAUCUGUGAAGCCAGGACUUUCUGCUUUUGUAGAUCAACCUAAGCAGGGUGCUGAGACUGUUCAAGGACUCUUAGAGGUGGCAAAAGACUCAAUCCCCCGAAGUCACUGGAAGAGAACCCCAGUGGUCCUGAAGGCAACAGCGGGACUGCGCUUACUGCCAGAACAGAAAGCCCAGGCUCUGCUCUUUGAGGUAAGAGAAAUCUUCAAGAAAUCACCUUUCCUGGUACCAGAUGACAGUGUUAGCAUCAUGGACGGAUCCUAUGAAGGCAUCUUAGCUUGGGUUACUGUGAAUUUUCUGACAGGUCAGCUGCAUGGCCACAGCCAGGAGACUGUGGGGACCCUGGACCUGGGGGGGGCCUCCACCCAAAUUACGUUCCUACCCCAGUUUGAGAAAACCCUGGAACAAACACCUCAGGGCUACCUCACUUCAUUUGAGAUGUUUAACAGCACUUACAAGCUCUAUACACAUAGUUACUUGGGAUUUGGAUUGAAAGCUGCAAGACUAGCAACCCUGGGAGCCCUGGAAACAGAAGGGAUUGAUGGACACACUUUCCGAAGUGCCUGUCUACCGAGAUGGUUGGAAGCGGAGUGGAUCUUUGGGGGUGUGAAAUACCAGUAUGGUGGCAACAAAGAAGGAGAGAUGGGCUUUGAGCCCUGCUACGCUGAAGUGCUGAGGGUGGUCCAAGGAAAACUUCACCAGCCAGAGGAGGUCCAGAAGAGCUCCUUCUACGCUUUCUCGUACUAUUAUGAUCGUGCUGUUGACACGGACAUGAUUGAUUAUGAAACAGGGGGUGUUUUAAAAGUUGAAGAUUUUGAAAGAAAAGCAAGGGAAGUGUGUGAUAACUUGGAAAACUUCACCUCAGGCAGUCCUUUCCUGUGCAUGGAUCUCAGUUACAUCACAGCCCUGUUGAAGGACGGCUUUGGCUUUGCAGACAGUACCAUCUUACAGGUAUUUCCCCCCAAGUCCUCCUCAGACUCGGAGACAGAAGAGGAGUUGUCUGGGGAUGGGCUGGUUUUGCCCAGGGCUGGCAAACUGGAUGACUUCCUUGGCCCAGAGGACUUGACGCUUUCUGAUUCUUCUGACUCAACUGGGAGCUUUUACGAGACCCUGGAGGUACUAAAGCAGAAAGGCAAGUGGUGCCUGUUGGAAUCCCUUUAUGAGUCUGACCCAGACAGUGGUGAGAAUUUCUCCGAAGAUGAGGAGGACCUGGAGAGUUUCUUCCAAGACGAAGGCAGGGGGAAGCCACAGGUCCAGUACCCCGUGUCUCCAAGGUGUGGCUCCACAAGGCGCUGCAGCUCGCUGAGCAGCCUUCCGUCCGACGACCCCAAGGGUCAGCCCCCGCCACCCUCAGGCUCCAGGCCUCCCUCGCAGCACAGAAGCCUCAGCUCCUGGGCAUCAUCCAUCACCGUCCCUCGGCCGUUCCGCAUGACGCUGCGUGAGGCCCAGAAGAAGGCCCAGUGGCUGGCCUCCCCUGCCUCCUUCGAGCGGGAGAGGAAGCAGGCCCAGCAGCAGGGUCAGGAGGAGGCCGAGUGCCACCGGCAGUUCCGGGCACAGCCCGUGCCCGCGCACGUCUACUUGCCCCUCUACCAGGAGAUCACGGAGCGCAACGAGGCCCGCAGGCAGGCAGGGAUCCAGAAGAGGAAGGAACUGCUCCUCUCCUCCUUGAAGCCCUUCAGCUUCCUAGUGAAGGAGGAACAGAGAAAGGAAGCUGCUAAACAGAGGGAGUUGGCCGCCACAGCCAAGGCCAAGGCCCCCAAGCAGAGGGCCACCAGAAGGAUCCCCAAGUCCAUUCUGGAGCCAGCCCUCGGGGACAAACUCCAGGAAGCAGAACUCUUCAGGAAAAUUCGCAUCCAGAUGCGAGCCCUAGACAUGCUCCAGAAGGCCUCCUCCCCUAUCGCCUUCUCCGGCAGCCGACCUGACCCACAGCCUCGCACAGCUACCCGAACCCAGAAGGAAAAGCUUGCAUUUCUGCACCCUGACUUUGGAUUCCAGCCUCGGGUGAAUCCUGCCGUCCCUGACUACGAAGGCCUUUACAGAGCCUUCCAGAGAAGAGCUGCCAAGAGAAGGGACGCCAGGGAGGUGACUCGCAACAAGCCCUUCUUGCUGAGAACCAGCAGCCUGCGGCGCGCUCAGCGGCCCAGUGAUGCCGCCACGUCUGGAGGGAGGAGGGACUCUCCACAGCUGCCAGCCACACCCCUGCCAAGGAGUCGUUCUCUGAGUGGCCUUGCUUCCCUCUCUGCCCACACCCUCCCUGUGCACAUCACGGACGUCACCAGGAAGAGGGAAUCUGCAGUCAGAAGUUCACUUGAAAAAAAGGACAAAGCAGAUGAGAGUACUCAGUGGUUGGAGAUGCACAAAAAGAAGUGUCAAGCGAUGUCUAAAUCCGUGACCUUGCGUGCGAAAGCCAUGGAUCCCCAUCAAAGCCUGGAGGAGGUGUUCAAAGCAAAGCUGAAAGAGAAUCGGAACAAUGACCGUAAAAGAGCAAAAGAGUAUAAGAAAGAAUUGGAAGAAAUGAAGAAGAGAAUACAGACGAGGCCGUAUCUCUUCGAACGAGUUACCAAGGACCUUGCCAGGAGAGCCGCAGAACAACGGUAUCGAGACACCCUGAAGCAGGCUGGGCUGGAUGAAGACUUUGUGAGGAACAAGGGUCAGGGCAGCCGGGUUGUACAAUGGCGGGAGCAGUCAGAAGUCCGUGAUUGUCCCAGCACCCAUGAAACUACAAAACUCAGCACCAGAAAUCCACAGCAGGAUUUAGAAGAAUCUCUACAGCAGCCUACAAGCCCCAAGAAAGAACUGGAAGAGCUGUCUUAUGAAUUGCUAAUUUCAAAUCACUUGCUUAAUCAGUAGCACUUAAAAUUACUGCUUUUCAGUAUUAACCAGCUAACUUGGGGUUGAGUCAAGGCAGGCAAAACUUGGCUUCUGAGUCAAUGGCUACUCUUGGAGAAUGGGGAAAAGAGAAGUAGCAGGGGGAAAAAAAGCAGAUGACAAAUAGGGAAUGAAUGGUUUAAGUAAAUCAAAGUGAACAACCUCAGGGCAGAGGGAUCAGAGCUAAGCAUUCUUGCUUUGUGCCUCCUACUUUAAAAAAAAGGGCACAAGCCCAAAUGCCUACGAGAGGCUAGUUAGGAGACAGAUCACAUGGGCUGGGUAUGACAGGAGACAGUAGACUACAGUCUCUGCUAGAACACAGGCCCAGAACCGCCAGAUCAAGCGAGCUCUCAACAGAAGCCAGAAAUUUGCAUGUUGGCAACUAAUUUAAAAAUUAUUAAGAAAUACUGUGUGGGGUAGGAAGGGAAAAAUGAAAGGGGGGAUGUCGGAGGGGGAGACGA